AUGCAGUCGGAUUUAUUAAAAAAAGAAGACGAAUUUUACAAGGAGAAUGAAAAAUUAGAGCAGAGAACAAAGGAAUUAAUGAAGAAAGUUAACGACGUAAUGCGAUUUGCUUCAACUGAAGACUCCAAAAAUGAAGAUUUAAAUAUCCCAAGCAGCGUCAAUGGAAUGGGGAAAAAAGGCGUUAUCCAUUUUUAUAGAGCUAAAAUAAAAUCUUUACAAGAAGAAAACUCAAAUUUGCAUACUGAAAGCAGGAAAAGGGGCGAAGAAGUGAAAAAGUUGCAAAAAGAAAACCAAAAUAUUUUGGAGGAAAAAGAUAAAUGGUUUAGUUCUUAUAACACUGUGAAAAAUACUGUAGGAAAAUUAGAAACUCAAUUGUCUUCUUUAAACUCAAAAUUACAAAGUAAAGACAAUGAAAUGACAUCUGUACGAAAGGAAAUAGAACAAAUUAAAAAGGAAUUGAAAAACUCGAAUUUAAAUUUAAAUAGUUCUGAAGUUCGUUUGAAUAGGGCUUAUGAAGAGAAUGAGAAAUUGAAAACAACAAUAAAAUCUAUGAAAGAGGAAGAGAAGGAAUUAAAGGAAUCAUACAAAAAACAAAUAAAUGACUUAGCAGCAACUGUAAAACGUAUAGAACAACACAAAACCGAACUUCUUAAUGGAUUUAAGAAACAACUGCAACUCAUUGACAAUCUGAAAAGGCAAAAAAUGUACUUAGAAGCACAGAAGGUAGCCGAAUUAUCAGAAUGUGAAUAUUUAAAAAUUUUGGACUGCAAGUUUGAUUGA